CAAGUGAGAUCUUUAUGAGACAAGAUCCUGGAAAAUCAGAGAAACCUGAGAGAGGAACAAAUAAUGAUUAACCAUUGGAUGGAAUAUGUGCUUCUAGUGAGAAAAAUGACCAGGAACGAAUAUGUAGAGCUUCACCCAGUUCUCUAUAAGGAAGAAGAACAACAUUUGGAGGAACUGGAAAGGGAGAGCUGGAAUAUUCUUCAGCAACUCGAGAGAAGUGUGGCCCAAAUAAAACAAAAGUGGAAAAAAUGAUAGGAAAUGCAUGAGGAACUGAUGGGCAUGUGCCAUAAACCAGAUGAGGAGCUGCUUCAGGAUUUGAGAGACCUACUGAUGAGGAGUGAGUCUGUGCAGCUGCACAUGCCCCAGCCUGUGUGUCCAGAGCUCAGCGUUAGAGCCAUCACUGGACUGAUGGACAGAUACAGCUGCUACCGGGUGGAGAUUUCUUUCCACUAUGAAGUAAGCAAUCACCACAUCAGGCUGUUUGACGAUUUGUGAGACUUCACAUUUAGAUCUCACAGUCAAGAUCAAUCUUUGAAUCCUGAGAAAUCUAACUGUUUUGCCUCAUGGGGAGACCAGGCCUUCACCGCUGGGAAGUAUUACUGGGAGCUGGAUGUGGACGACUCUUGGGACUGGGCUCUAGGGGUCUCUAGAGAUUACCCGAUAUGUAGACUUGGCACAAUGCUUGUAUCUGGGGACAUGUUUCUUCUUGCAUGUGUGAGGCAGGA